UAGAGAAACCACAAAAGAGAAAAUCAACACCCCUUCUUUCGUCGUAACAAAAUCGCAAAAUUUAUAUGUUCCCCUUUCCUUGAUAGUUCAGUUUUUACAUGCAAUUUACUUUCCCGAAAGAUGGAUAGUAUAUAUAACAUAGGAGCUGCAAUAUUACUCGGUAUAUUAGAUAGCAUUAAGGGUAUAGCCGUAGUUUUCUACCUAGAUAGGGAGGCUAAUCGGAAGGCGCUGCAAUUAAAACCGGGCCGUGCCACCAAGGAAAGCCUGUCCACACCAACGCCAGCAGCUGUUUCUCAGCAGCAGCAGCAGCAGGCAGCAUCAUCAUCAGCCAACACAACGAGAUUGACGGGUGUAAACAACAAAGACAACGUCAAGCGAAAAGAAGAAUCGAAAGUACUGCACCGGGUACUGCAAUGCUGCCUUCUAAACGGAGGAGUCUUCAUGCUGAGCAUCCUGAUGUUCGAGUACGGCAUCCUGCCGGGACUGAACUUCUGCCUGUCGUAUCUUUUCUCCAACUCGGGAACCGUCGCCACCAUAUGGGGCUGGAUGAAACCAUCGCUGUCGUUGCUGUUCCACAGCUUCUGGGUUGCCCCGCUGUUCCUACUCAGCAAGAUCGUCAACAGCCUUUGGUUUCAGGACAUUGCCGAUUCGGCCUACAAGUUCCGCAAGGGACGCCCGCAGCUAAUUCCCAGCAUUAGCAAGCUGAUUGCCGAUACGUUGAUCAGUUUGUUGAUACAGGUGCUAUUCCUGCUGCAGAGCACCAUCGUCAAGUAUCUGCCCAUCCCGGUUCCGUUCGCGUGCAGCAUCCUGUACAUAGUGCACAUGAGUCUGCUCUGCUCGCUGUACGCCUUCGAGUACAAGUGGUUCAACAUGGGCUGGGAGCUGCACAAACGACUGACCUACAUCGAAACCAACUGGCCGUUCUUCAUCGGCUUUGGACUCCCGCUGGCAAUCCUCUCCGAACUGCCCAACUCACUCGUCAUCAGCGGUUGCGUGUUCUCGGUAUUGUUCCCUCUGUUCAUCCUUAGUGCAAACGAAGCCACGCCGAAGGUGUCCGUUUGCGAAACCCCUUUGAAAUUGUUUUCCCUGGUAGUGGCCAUUACCAAUGCCAUGUUCAGUAGUCGAACCAAACUGGGCAAGGCUGCUCUCUCGACGCCGAUCAGCGGUAGCCCGGGAACCCCCGGCGGUUCCAUGAUGCGUGGAAUGACUCCACCACUGGCCGGUAGUGGAACACCGUCGCUAAACUUCCAACUGAACCAACAGCAAAAAAUGCGACAACAGCAGCAGCAACAUCAACAACAUCAUCACCAUCGGCAGCAUCGACAUUCGUCACCUUCACCAUCGUCCACCAUGGGUUCGGUUGUGACUGGAUCAACCGUUGGUUCGGUCAUGGGCCAACAGCAGCACCAGCAGGGAUUGCUGAAUCGUAGCUUUAGACGGUAGACGGUCCGCCCCGUUACCGCCACACUCACAGCUGGAACCUCGAAUGAGAAUCGGAAAACCUUGGUAACAUUAGUAAUGAUAGAAACCGACACGCCUUUCCCACAUGUGAUGCAUGUGCGGGUGUGAUUGCGCGCGCUCGGAUCCAAUCGGAGUAAUAACGAUUGAACGAGUGAUCAUACACAACAUAUUAGCAGAUAGAGGCACAUUUAAGCGGACAUUAAUGAUAUACACAUACAUAUUGUAGUAGCUAUUGGUAUGAAGAAAUUAAUCAUCAAAUCAAUAAUGGUGCUCAGUUUCGGUUUCAGUUGUACAGAGCGUUUAUUUUUCUUAUAUUCUGCAAUGGAAUGUUUUUGAGUUUUUAAGGUUUUUUCUUCGUUUAUCGCCUUGGGUGGUGAGUAGAUGUGUUAGCAGAGUAACAAACAACGUGCGAGACAAACUUAAUGAUGCGAUUUUUAUGAAUUAUGUGUUUUUGUAAAAAAAAAAAUGUAAACGAUCAGACUGCUUUUUCCUCUCUAAAAAGGGAAUACAAGAAGAUUUCUUUGAGAUUA